AUGGCCAUGUACUGGUCAACCGAUGUCCUGUACGGAAACUUUAGUGUUCGGCGAAUUAUGACCAGGGAUCGCUUCAUGAAGGUCUUACAGUACCUUCACUGUAAUGACAGGACCAAAAUGAAGCCAAAGGGACAUAAGGACCACGACAAACUGUACUUGAUUCGGCCUUUCCUGGAUGCGGUUAGAAAACUAUGCCUGACGCUAUACAACCCCCACAGAAAUGUUUCAAUUGACGAGGCUAUGGUCAAGUUCCGAGGUCGUCUUGGCUUCAGACAAUACAUGCCAUUGAAACCAGCUCGCUACGGAGUGAAAGUGUGGGUACGGGCUGAUCCAGUCAAUGGUUAUGUAAAUGACUUUCAAGUCUACACUGGCAAGGACGCAAACACCGCGGAAGUAGGUUUGGCUACAAGAGUAGUGUUGGACUUGAGCCGUGAUAUCAAGGGGAUGUUUUAUAUUGUGAAUGUGGACAAUUUCUUUACAAGUCCCGUGUUGUUUGAAGAACUCCUAAAGCAGGAAACGUACGCCCGUGGGACUGUGCCCACUAACAGGAAAGGCUACCCAUCUUCACUGCUGGGAAAGAAAAAAGUGCAAGAGCAGGGGGACUAUGUGUUCGCAACCAAAGGUGAACAACUGGCGUGUGUCUGGAUGGACAAGAAGCCCAUCUACACACUGUCCACUGCAGAAAAUCCAAAGGACAUAGGCGCCACUGUUUUGAGAAAAAAGCGCAACGGAGAAGUUCACCAAGUACCGGCCCCACGCAUCAUUCCAGAAUAUAACAACAACAUGAAUGGAGUUGAUCAUGCAGACCAGCUUAGGACGGAGUACCCAACGUUCCGAACAUCAAGAAAGUGGUGGACAUACAUGUUCUUCUUCAUACUGGAUACGGCAAUUACAAAUGGAUAUGUCGUGAUGAGGGAAUCGCCAUUCCACCAACAAAGAAGCCGAACUGGGAAGGCAAAAGACAGGACGGUAUUGGACUUCCGCAUGAACCUCUCAAAACAGCUGAUAGGGGAUUACUGCGAGAAUGGUGCAGCGAAAAUGGCGACGGUGAAAGCGGGGCACUUCCCUGGGCAUUCGGAAAAAAGAGGCCGUUGCAGACAGUGCACGAAACAAAAAAGAAGACAUGAAUGCAAUGUGAUAUGCCUUGAAUGCAAUGUACACAUCUGUGUCCCGUGUUUCAAGGACUGGCAUGUUGAGUUGGCUAACUCUUCUUAG